AAAGAGGGACGUUUAGGAGAGGGAACAAGAAAAUGCUGUUUGAGGAAGAAACAGUAUAACCUGACACAUACGUCAAGCUUUACACAAGCAACAUGUCACGGCCUCCGGGAAGAAAGCAGGACAGCCACAAAAUAAGCAGAGAACUUUUUGUUCUCACAUAUGGGGCUUUGGUAGCCCAGCUGUGUAAGGACUAUGAAAAAGAUGAAGAUGUCAACAGCUGUUUAGACAAAAUGGGAUACGGCAUUGGCAUAAGGCUGAUAGAUGAUUUUUUAGCUCACUCAGAUGUAAAACGGUGUCGCAGUUAUUCUGAAACGGCAGACAUGAUUGCACAGGUGGCUUUCAAAAUGUACUUGGGGGUCACCCCCAGUGUGAACUGCAGUAGUGCUGCAGGAAAUGAAUUCUCCUUAAUCCUGGACAAAAACCCAUUAGUGGACUUUGUGGAGGAGCUGCCAGUGGAACGAGCAUCCCUUUGCUAUUGCAACCUCCUCUGUGGAGUGAUUCGAGGUGCCUUGGAAAUGGUUCACUUGGCAGCAGAAGUGACCUUUCUGCAAGACAAGCUGAAGGGUGAUGCUGUGACAGAAAUAGGAAUUACGUUUUUAAGGAAGGCUGAAGACAAGAAAGCAAAAAAGAAAUAAAUGAAAGAAAUAUUGAGAUAAACCUUUGUUAUGUGAUGUUCUAGACCUUUUGUUUCUGAAGAUGAAAUGCAGGGUAGAAAUGUUUCCUUGAUUCAUCUGCACCACUCAGAUGUUGGUAGGGUGAAGAAAUCUAGAAAGCAGAGCUGAGGUCAGAGUAAAAAUCUUAAUCCUCAUGGCACAGGUAUGAGUACAAGAGAUCAACAUGUCUUUGCUCUUGCUUUUCACAUAACCAUACUCUUGAACAAAAUGGAUGCUUUAUUUCAGUAUUCAGAGCAUGCUGGGUGCAAAAUAUUCAUUCAGACACCUAAUGUUUUCAGUGUUUUCAGGUGAACAUGACUUUAUUUUUCCUUCUUUUUGGGGGGGGA